AUGAAGAAUUAUAUCAUCAAUUUACAUAAUCAUAUUUCAUCGAAUGAAAUCAUUCCUAAUACUAUAGACAAUGAGAAUAAUGUUAAUAUAAUUAAUAAUAUUCAUUAUUAUCAAUAUGAAAAUAAUGAAAUCAUUAAUAAAAGAGAAAUAUCAUCAACUUCUGAAUGUCAACAACAACAACAACAACAACAGCAGCAACAGCAAAAAGAAUUUGUUAAUAAUAAAACUAUAGAAGAUCAUGAUUUACCAGAUAAAAAAACAUCUCAAACUUCACCAUCAUCAUCAUCAGAUUGGUAUAAAAUGAUGAAAAAUAUAUGUUUAUGGUUCUGUGGUUGUGCUGAACAUCAUCCAUGUUCUAAUAUACAAUGUAAUCAUUGUUAUUGUUUAAAAUUAUGUCAUAAUUUCACAACUCAUAUACAUUCAAAUCAUAAGAAAAUUUAUAUUAUCACAACAAAUGAUCUUGAUAAUGAUAAGAAAUUAGAUAAUUUAACAUUAGAAAAUAAUAAUCAUUUUAAUUCAGAUGAUCAUUUAACAAAGAUUACUUCAUUAAAACAAAAUCCCAAUAUAAAAUUAAGUUUAUAUAUUGGUUUAUUAUUCAUUAUUAUUUUAUCUAUAUUUGGUUUUAUAUUUUUUUCUAUUUAUUUUGGUUCUAUAUCCAUUGGUCCAUUACCUAUAACUAUUAAUAAAAUAAUAAUAAAUGAUACAAUAAAAAAUGCUAUAAAAUCAUUAGAAUAUUAUAGAAUAGUUACAAUACAAUAA